UGAGCUCCCCCAAGGCCCGCCUUCCUUCUCGCCUUCUUUUCUUCUUUCCUUCCUUCCUUCCUCCCUAAAAAUAGCCCUUGGCCCGUCUUACCUGCCGCACCUGUGCCUUAACAAAGGUAGCGGAGGAGGAGGAGGAAGAGGUGAGCGAUUAGGGCCCCUCCGGAGAAGAGGUUUGAUCAUUAACCCCUGGCAGCGGAGGUGGCAAGAGAGAGAUUGAGAGAGAGAGAGAUUGAGAGAGAGAGAGAUUGAGAGAGAGAGGGAGAGGCUCCUUAUAAAACAGAAAGGAAAGGAAGACAAGGAAAGGAAGACAAGCCAGGAUGGAGGCCACCACGCUCCAGCAGGGCCUGCUGACCACCAUGGAGAAGGCCAAGAGCGAGAGGGUGGCCGUGGACAACGCGGCCGACAUCGCUGUCAUCGUCAUUUACUUCCUCGUGGUCCUGGCCGUGGGCCUCUGGGCCAUGUAUUCCACGAACCGUGGGACCGUCGGGGGCUUCUUCCUGGCCGGGCGCAGCAUGUCCUGGUGGCCGAUCGGGGCCUCCCUCUUUGCCAGCAACAUCGGCAGUGGCCAUUUUGUGGGGCUGGCCGGGACCGGGGCAGCGGCCGGGAUUGCCAUCGGGGGCUUCGAGUGGAACGCGCUGGUGAUGGUGGUGGUCCUGGGCUGGCUCUUUGUCCCCAUCUACAUCAAGGCCGGGGUGGUGACGAUGCCGGAAUACCUCAAGAAGCGCUUUGGGGGGAAGCGGAUCCAGAUCUACCUCUCCGUCCUCUCGCUCCUGCUCUACAUCUUCACCAAGAUCUCGGCGGACAUCUUCUCGGGGGCCAUCUUCAUCAAGCUGGCCAUGGGGCUGGACAUCUACGUGGCCAUCGUGAUCCUGCUGGCCAUCACAGCCCUCUACACCAUCACGGGAGGCUUAGCGGCGGUCAUCUACACGGACACCUUACAGACGGCCAUCAUGCUGGUGGGCUCCAUCAUCCUCACCGUGUUCGCCUUCAUGGAGGUGGGGGGCUACGACCAGUUUGUGGAGAAGUACAUGAAGGCCGUCCCCACGCUCACGGCCGCCACCGUCAACAUCUCCGAGAAGUGCUACACGCCGCGCCCGGACGCCUUCAGCCUCUUCCGGGACCCCCUCAGCGGAGACCUGCCCUGGCCCGGACUCAUCUUCGGCCUCAGCAUCCUGGCCCUCUGGUACUGGUGCACUGACCAGGUGAUUGUGCAGCGGUGCCUGUCUGCCAAGAACAUGUCCCACGUCAAGGCGGGCUGCAUCCUGUGUGGAUACAUGAAGCUGCUGCCCAUGUUCCUGAUGGUCAUGCCGGGCAUGAUCAGCCGCAUCCUCUACACAGACCAAGUGGCCUGCAUCGACCCCGAUGUCUGCCUGGAAGUCUGUGAGACGACGGUGGGCUGCUCUAACAUUGCCUACCCCUUGAUGGUGGUCAAGCUCAUGCCCAACGGUCUGCGGGGUCUGAUGCUGUCGGUGAUGCUGGCCUCCCUGAUGUCCUCCUUGACCUCCAUCUUCAACAGUGCCAGCACGCUCUUCACCAUGGACAUCUACACCAAGAUCCGGACCCGGGCCAAGGAGAGGGAGCUCAUGAUCGUCGGAAGGGUCUUCAUUGUGAUCCUGAUCGGCCUGAGCAUCCUCUGGGUCCCGGUGGUCCAGGAGGCCCAAAGCGGGCAGCUCUUUGACUACAUCCAGUCCAUCACCAGCUACCUGGGGCCUCCCAUCGCGGCCGUCUUCUUCCUGGCCAUCUUCUGCAAGAGGGUCAACGAGACGGGGGCCUUCUGGGGCCUGGUGCUGGGCCUCCUGAUCGGCCUCUCCCGGAUGAUCACGGAGUUCGCCUUCGGGACGGGGAGCUGCGCCCACCCCAGCAACUGCCCGGCCAUCAUCUGCAAGGUCCACUACCUCUACUUCGCCAUGAUCCUCUUUGCCAUCUCCAUUGUCAUCGUCCUGGGUGCCUCCUUCCUCACCAAGCCCAUCGACGACGUCCACCUGUAUCGCCUCUGCUGGUCCCUCCGCAACCGGACAGAAGAACGGAUCGACCUGGACGCUGAGGAGGACGUGGCCAAGAAGGAGGAGAUGGUCUACGAGGACCAAACCCUGCCGGAGCGAGAGCUCUCGUGCGGGCGGAAGGCGCUGAACUGGUUCUGUGGGCUGGACCAGGGCGGCCCCCGGCUCAGCCCCGCCGAGGAGGAGGCCCUGCGCCAGAAGAUGGCCGACACCACCGAGGACCCCUUCUGGAAGAGAGUCGUCAACAUCAACGCCAUCCUGCUCCUCGCCGUGGCCAUCUUCUGCCACGGAUUCUUCGCCUAGAGCUGCCGCCGGACUCUUGGCAUACGCGGGCGGAAUUGGCAUACAAUUUGCAUACACGGGCAACAUUUGCACACAAUCUGCAUAUAUGGGUGAAAUUUGUAUAGAAUGCAUAUGUGGCUGAAAUUUGCAUACAAUUUGCAUAUAUGGGCAAAAUUGGCAUAAAAUGCCCCUAGUGCAUGGGAUUUACAUACAUUGCAGAUUUGUGUCUAUUGCCAAAACUGGCAUAAAAUUUGCACACACUGGCAAAAUUUGCAUAAAAUGCCGCUAGUAUGUGAAAUCUGAAUACGUUGCAGAUUUGCAUCUGUUGGCUAAAUUUGCAUGAAAUCAGCAUAUGUGGUGAAAACUUGCAUAGAAUCUGCAUAUAUGGGCAAAAUUUGCAUUAAGUGCCCCUACUGCAUGGAAUUUGCAUAUGUUGCAGAUCUGCAUACAUGGGUGAAAUUUGCAUAAUAUUGGCAUAUGUGGGCAAAAUCUGCAUGUAUUGUCCAAAUUUGCAUAAAAUGCCCAAAUGUACAUGGAACUUGCAUACCCUGCAGAUUUCAAUAUGUUGACAAAAUUUGCAUAAAAGCCGCAUAUAUUGGCAAAAUUUUCAUACAAUGCCCAAAUGUGCAUGGAAUUUGCAUAUGUCACGAAUUUGCAAAUCAAAUGCCAUAAAGUGCUCAGAAGCGCAGAAUGGACCCCCAAAAAAGCUCCUUGAAAAUUUGCAUAAUUUCCUGCAUAAUUAAUAAGGGGAUUGAUAGACAGAAGGUGGUCCCAGGAGGCCCCUUCGAGGCGAAAGCAAGAAUAAUAAUAAUAAUCCUAUGGCAAUCAUCUUUUCCCCAUUGAUUUUUCUGUCUCUUUCCUUUUUUCCAACUAACUCACCUUCUGUUUUGUACAAAAAUGUGCAAUUUGAACAGAAAACGGGACUUUUGUAAUAAUAAUAGUAAUAAUAUAAUUUAUGAUAAUAAUAAGUACUUCCUUUGUUGUAAGGCUGGCCAGCAAACACUCUUUGCACUUUGUAUAAUGGCGCGAAGGAGGAAAAAAAAACCCAAAGAAAUAUAUAGAUGAUUUUUUAAAAA